AUGGCGGGUUCGCUGCUGCGCAGCCUUUGGCCUGCCGGCCGGAGGGCUCUUACCGUAGCCUCCUCCUCUGGGAAUGUCAAGGCGGCGCCGCCCCCUAGGACGGUGGUUUCUCUUGCGUCCUCUCUCGUGUGCCGCCGCUUUGCCACCGCCGCUGCGUCCCCCGCGGCCGCGGCAGCGGCGUUGGACCCCAGCCGGCUGAGGAACGUGGCGGUGAUUGCUCACGUUGACCACGGGAAGACGACUCUCAUGGACCGGCUUCUCCGACAGUGUGGAGCCGACAUCCCGCACGAGCGGGCGAUGGACUCGAUCAAUCUCGAGCGCGAGCGCGGGAUCACCAUCGCUUCCAAAGUCGGACAAGCUUAAGCCCGAGCUUGAUUUCUGUCCCUGUAUGUAAAAAUGCCUCAGGUUUUCUGCUCGACUGCCUUUCACUCUCUGUGUGGAUUCAGGUGACUUCCAUCUCCUGGAAGGAGAGUGAGCUGAACAUGGUGGAUACGCCGGGACACGCUGAUUUCGGCGGAGAAGUGCGUAGUCUUCUACGUGACGGAUAUCUGUCUGAAAUUUGCUAUCGUCAGUAAGAUGGGUAAUUCAUUUAUCUGCUCUGGAACAGGUCGAACGGGUCGUUGGGAUGGUGGAGGGAGCUAUCCUGGUGGUAGACGCCGGGGAGGGCCCUCUUGCGCAGACGAAGUUUGUUCUGGCUAAAGCGUUGAAGUAUGGACUGCGCCCCAUACUGCUGCUUAAUAAAGUCGAUCGCCCUUCAGGUGCGCCUUUCUUGUAGCUGAUUCUUGAAUGUGAUAUUUUGGUGCAGUUGACUUCUUUGCGGUGAACUGGUAAGACUUUGGUGGACACGUUGCUUGAAAAAGUAAGAAGCGCUGAUGAGUCAGAAUCAAUAGAAAGACGAGAUCAUGUCCUAUGCCCAUAUUAAAUGGACCAGUGCUUCCUGAAAGAAGUAUGCGACCGGGGGGGGGGGGGGGGGGGCACCGCUUUUCUGUUGGCUUUUAUUCAUAGUGCAAUUGCAUUGAACAAUUGCAAGACAGUUUUUACUUGUAGUAAUAAAGUCAAACGUGGAUGCCGAAUUAAUGUAGCAAAAAGAAAUACCAGCCUCUUGGGACAGGAUGGAUGGAGGCAGAUUGAGUCAGUUGUUUGUCUGUUGGAAUUUAAGAGAAAUGCGUUCAAUAUCAAUAAGGGCAAAGUAAAAGAGGUAGAAAUCAUGAAAAUGCCUGAUAUUCUGAUAUAUUCAGACGAAUAAAUACUGGUUUUUCGGAAAAAACGUGGAUUAACUUUAUCAUAUUGUCAAUAAUAAGCUCCAAGGCAUUUUGGGUACCUACAAGCAUUCUCUAAGGUCUGAAGUAUGUCAGCUCCUUGAGUCAGCUCCUUACAUCUUUAAUAAGGAAGCAUUCUUACAUCUUUAACUUCUAUCUUCUGAAGGAUAUUUUGAGUCAGCUCCUUGUUCUCCACUUGCAUUAAGGUCAGGGUGAAGUGUAUUGUAAAUCUAAAAAUAAAUAGUCAUAAGAAUAAUCUAAUUUUGGGAUGGAAUGCAUCUGAAAUACGUUUAACUCCAGAAUCUUGGAAAAAGAUACUAAUUAUGGCGUUAUGUUCUUGAGUUUUGCCAAUUCUUCUGUGUCAUUUAUCAAAUGCUAAGCUGAUGGGAAUAGAGAGCCAGUUUUUGUCUGUUCGUGAAUGAAUAUUGUUUUUAGUGAAGGGGAAGGGAGUAUGAGGAGCAAGUCUGAGAAAUUUGGUUCGUUUCAUUUUGGUUAUUUACCUGACUUAAUUUUAUGUUUUUUUAUAAGUUCACCCAUGGGUUUAAUGCCAUAUCCUUUUUUUGUAAGGAACUAUGUAGAUGCACUCUUUUUGGUCAUGUUCCUUAAUAACUAGGGAUCUAUAUAUGGACAUAUGAAAAAAAAAAGAGAAAGAAUGGAUCCUAUGGAUAACUAGUUUUUUGUUGAGAAACAGGCAUACUUUGCAAUCAGUAGAAAGGUACUGAGUCGGUUUGUUGGCUCAUAGCCUUUGGCGUCUGCUUAGUUUGUUGAGACAAACUGGUUACUGUAACAAAUUUAAAUGGGAAUAAAUAGAAACUUUUGAUAUUUAGUGAUUUCUCGAAUUUGAAUUUUCGAGUUUCAUAUUCAUAAUCUUAUUUAUGAAUUCCGUCACCUUAAGAACAUUUUUGUGCAGUUUCUGAAGAAACCUGUAAUGAGGUUGAGAGCCUGGUAUUUGAUCUUUUUGCAAAUCUUGGCGCCACAGGUAACCUGUUUAUGCACUGACAUUUAUUCUUUGGCUUGUUUCUCUGGUGCAUCAUUUUUAAAGCUUCACAAUUUUAAAACUUGUUCCUAUUUGCAGAGGAACAGCUAGAUUUUCCAGUUCUUUAUGCUUCUGCCAAGGAAGGCUGGGCUUCUCUAACAUUCACAAAAAGCCCUGAUGAUGGUGAAAAGAAUAUGUCGGCUCUUCUUGAUGCCAUUAUAAAGCACGUUCCCGCCCCAUCUGCAAGCCUCGAAUCUCCAUUUCAGAUGCUGGUUAGUAUGGGAUUUUAGAUAUGCCUGCAAUGUAUUCAUGUUUUGCCAAUCAUCAUGAAAUUUACGCUUCUUCCUUUAGUUCUUAGUUAUCGAGCUCUUGUCUACUCAUCUUUUUGUAGACGUUUCAGAAUGGUCUGUUGAGCCCUCCUUGAGAAUUUUUUCUAUACCUAUUUGUGUAUUUUAUUUAGAUGGCAGUUAUUGGAAUCAGGAGACAUGUAUGUAGACUAGGCAUUGAUCAGAAGGUAAAGCUUUGCAUGGACAGGAUAGUCUUUUUACGGAAAGUGCAAUCUAGGAUCUUGAGCUUUUUACGGAAAACCGUUGGUUUGCUGCCUUCUGACUUUAGAUUUCCCGAGCAACCGGUUGUUAUCUCUCAUAUUAGUUUAAUGUUUUCAUUAUAAUGAAACUUGUACAAAACUACACUGGAGCUUUGGUCGGAUCUACAAUCAUGGACUAACUUUUCUGUUCUUUGACAUUUGAGGAGACUAAAAAUUUGAUUUGUAAUUUUUUGACUUUUUCUUUUAUGCUGGAAAAGUGAGUAUGUAAGAUUCACUGCCGAUUUUCUUUCUAUGGUUGACGAAUGUUUCUUUUUUUAUGGGGGCCAUCAUUUUUGGGUGCACAAACUUGUGUAAAUCUUUGGAGUUCAUGAAGAUUGUUCUGUAUUUUUUGGUUUUUAUUUUGAAUCGACAGGCAUUGAGAUACACCUAAUUCUUAAUCAGCAUCAUCAUCACUGACAAUCUUUUCGUGGGGGCAUGCAUCAUAUUUCUUAUUUAUGUGGACGUUCGAAAUAUGCACUCCAGUUUUUUGUAGGUUUCUAUGAUGGAGCGCGACUUUUAUCUUGGACGAAUACUGACUGGCCGAAUUUUCUCUGGGGUUAUUCAAAUUGGAGACAGAAUACACGCACUACGUAACACUGAUAAAGGAACUGAGAAGAUUGAGGAAGGAAAGGUCAUUGCAAAUAAAUAUGUGUAUCUAUAACCUUAAUGUAGACAUGCAUUCUAGCAAUAUGAGUUCUUUGUUUCCUCAAAUGUGUGAAACUCAUCCACCAUGGCUGCUUCUGUAGAUUACGAAGCUUAUGAAGAAGAAGGGCACAUCGAUGAUAAUGAUCGAUAGUGCUGGAGCUGGUGACAUUAUCUCAAUGGCUGGGUUAGCAAGUCCAUCAAUUGGUCACACAGUAGCAAAUGUAGACGUAUGUUUCUUUCCAACAUUUUCCUUUGGCAUGUUUUAUUCUUUUAUUCAUGGCCUGACCAAAACUAGUCCUCUAUUAUUCUGUUUCGUUUGUUUUGGAUUCACCUUUUAUGGUGGCCAUACUGUCAGUGUGAAUGUUUGGCCACACUGAAAAUUUGUCAAUAAAAUAUUUCCAACUUUACUGGGAAUUCUCGCUCAGGUUUUCUACGGCUCAUCACAUCAGUUUCUCAAUUUUUUCUUUCUCCAUCAUGUUGUCAGUUUAAGGAACUCUGCUUCAUACAUGUGGAUUUAUUAGCUUUAUUUUGGCAAUGUGGUUGUUUUUUUUUAUGAUUUUGGAGUACUCGCAGUGAAUUGCGAUUUUUUUGUGAAUUAGUCUGCUCCUGGCUGUAUUUAGCUUUGUGCAUUUUUUUCAUUUGACAUUAAAUUUUGACUACAGACUUGUUACUUCUCUCUGUGUAUUCUGAAAGUGUAAUCACAAGGAGGAUUCUCGCAGAAAAGUUCGUACGGGCAUUCUUUUUAGUGUCUUGAAACCGUGUUGCUUAUCGUAAUUGUUUAUAGAUCUAUCGUUCUGCAUAUUUGUGAAAUGUUUUCCUAUUUAACUGCAGUCUAUCAAACCGUAAUCUCAAUCAGCAUGUCUAUAUGAAAAACAUUCAAAUAUUGAACAAAAAAAAUGUGAUGUCGUUUUCCCUCGUUUCGAAUCACCAUUAAGUAGUUUUAAUGCCUAGUGAUGAUCACUGCAGGUUAUGACUCCUCUGCCAACUGUUGAGCUCGACCCACCAACCAUUUCCAUGACCUUUGGUGUAAACGAUUCUCCUUUGGCCGGCCGUGAUGGAAGUCAUGUAAGUAGAGUUUUCCUGUUAAUAAAACUUAUAUCUUUGAAUUUUUUAUUGCUGACUUCAUUCUGUCAUUCUCAUGAAUGCCAAGAUCUUGGUUCUGCAUUUAAUGUCUUGGUCAGUGGUUUUGAUGCCUGAAUAUGCCUGAAAAUCUAUGCAGUAGUCGAGCUACUUUUUUCUCUUGAAAAUUACUCCAAGAACCUUAUAAUUGGGCUAGUUCACAUUAACACAAUGAUGGUUGGACCUUUCUCAUGAAGGACUAAAGUGGAGCGUUUCCCCACCUUGACUUUUAGGUAUUGCAUCUCCUUGAAGAAAAAAUACUUAUCUAUUGUACAAUCUCAUCAUUGAUCAGAGUGAAGGCCCAUUGAAAACAUAUACUCUAGAUUUGAAAGUGACUGUAAUUCUUCAAAAACUAACUCUGGAUACUUCCUUGUGAUGAUGUCUGCAUGGCACACUGUCAUGCAACGUGCCUUAUGCUCUUCCACAGUUAAAUUAGUCUACCUUUAGAGUUCACGUCCUUCUAUUUUUAUUUGAAACAAUCUCUAUCUUGGGUUUUCCCUGGAAAACCGUGUACGUACAUGGUCCAUGCCUUCAUUUUUUUUAUAAUUAAAGUAUCCAUUGUUACUCCUGGAGUAUCUCCUCCCCAUAUUCUUUUGUUUUUUUUUAAUCUGAGAGUUAGAUGUCAUUUUUCUGUGGUAAUCAAAGUCUCCUCCGAAAAGUCUUCCUAUUAUAUCUCUGUCUUGGAGUUGCUUACAUGGAGGGUCUUUUAUUUAGAAUUCUUCAGACUUUCUAUCUCCUUCUUGAAAAUCUGACUGUUCGUUAGAGAAUUCUUGAAAGGCUUUUGUUCGAGUACACUGUUGACAUAAUUGUUCUUUUCUCUAAUCUUUUCCCGCCUCUUUCACAUUGACUCCAUAUGUCAAAUAAAUCCUGUAACUCCAUAUUGUGGAGUUGGUCAUUGCUUUUAGUGUUCCGUAGCAUAGCGAUUUAUCAUUCAUUCCACCUUGUCUCUUAGAGGAUUUGGUGGAUGUAGUUCUUAUUUAGCCAUGGUCUUUAAUGAUACUGCUAAUGUGCAGUUAACCGGAGGAAAAAUAGGUGACCGUCUGAUGGCAGAAGCAGAAACAAAUCUCGCCAUAAACGUGCUUCCUGGGCUGCUAUCAGAUUCUUAUGAAGUGCAAGGAAGAGGGGAACUACAAUUAGGUCUAAUUCUUAUCACCUCGAUGUUUUUUGAAAUGUUUCAUGGAAAGCCAGCACACAAUUUCGAGGAUAACCAUUUUUUGUGUUGUAAUUCAUCACUGUCAUUUUUUAUGCAGCAAUUGAACCUUUGAUAACAACUUAUUUAAACGAUCAUUCCUUUCGGAUCCACAGGUAUCUUAAUUGAGAACAUGAGACGCGAAGGUUUUGAACUCUCCGUAUCACCUCCAAGGGUUAUGUGAGUUGCCUUGUAAAUCUACUUAAUGUCUUUUCUAUAUCGAUUUAUAUUUUUUUUGUCUAUGAAACGCACAAAUGUCAAUUUAGACAAUAUGAAGUAUGUACGCCUAUUCCAUAGGAAAUUAUGAAAAAGCGCACUUCCUCCAGUGAAAUCAUUUUGAUCCUCGAAAUCAUGGUGACCAUGGUGGUUGGAUUUCUUGUAAAAUAAUGAGACAAAUCGUUGGUGUUGAUUGUGAAGGGGAAGGUUUGAUGUCCUCAAUGAGGGCGUGGCCAAGCCAGGACUGGCAUUCCAAUGGAUCCGCAAUUAUUCAAUUUGCGCAACUUGAACUUUCUGAAUGCCAUGAGGAUGUUAUUUUUGAAAAAAGAGCCCUUAAUCUGUCAAAAUUUCCUCUGAAAUCAUCAGCAAUAAGCUUGACCAAGCAAAGAGGUGUGGAAUUGAAACACGGGGGAUGUGUUAGUUCUUGGGCGAGAAAUGGUAACUCCGGGAGGAAAUGACAAAAUAACGCCACCAUUUGGGUUGGUUUCCACUACGUUAUCUAAGUGUGCGGCGAAAUCCAAUAUGGGAUCCAGUAUCAUGAUCUUUUAGACUUUUGGAAUAUCUGAAGCGAAAUGGUGGAUUAGAUAAGAGCUAGCUUACCUUCUAAUAAGCCAAUGAGCUAUAUGGGUACAUCAUUGUCAUCCAUGAACUAAGUCGCUUUCUGAAACUGAGUUACGUAGAAUACGCAAUAGAGGCAAUGUGUCAAUUAAUUGGAAAAUAUGGGGCAGCAGAACCUUGCUUGACAAAUCAUUUCCUGGGGCUGAAGGUGUGUCAAUCAAGGCCAUUCCAUGGCCAAAGAUUAAAGAUUGUUGAAUACUGAUGAAUGAGAGGGUGUUGAGUUGUUUAAAUCUUUAUGUGGCUGAUGUUAUGGUGCUUUUAUAGUAAUGUACUGACGCUCGCAUAUUCUGCCUAUUUUGUGUAGUUGUUCCAUUUGACCAUUGAGUAGUCACAUUAGUUUUUCUUGGUCGUUGAUGUUUAUUCUGACAGGUAUAAAACUGAGAAAGGUGUAAAGCUUGAACCUAUAGAAGAAGUGACAAUCGAGGUACUGCUUACUAGUGCUUUCCUCUUUUGUGGAUUUUGAAAAUCUUUUCCCUUUUCCCUGGCGAGUCAGACUUCAUGAGCGUCGUUCUCUAGGUGAGUGAAGAUCAUGUGGGGCUGGUGAUGGAGGCCCUUUCACAUAGGCGUGCUGAAGUCCUUGAUAUGGGUCCUGUCCCAGGGAGUGUAGACAGGACAAGAAUGUCUUUGACUUGCCCUUCCAGGUCGGUAUUCUUCUCAUUUUAACGCUUCAUGUGGAAUAUCACCAGUUAAAUUUAUCAUCUCGGGUCUGUAGCUUUUAUUUAAAUUCGAUUUUCCUGUUUUACUCCACGACAUAAAAUGCAUUUCAUCCUUCACAGCUACCGAUUAGAUUGCUUUGAAUUUCUCUCUCAUGCACAAGCCUAUGCAUAGGAUUUCUGCGUAGCAUUCUAUGCUACUCUCUGUUAUGUAUAAACUAAUGAGCCUUUUUAGUGAUUAAUGAUUCUUUUGUGUCAUGGACACUCUCCCGCUUUCAUAAUCUAUCCAAUUUUUGUGUGGGAUGGAAUUGAGAACUGACAGGGCAUCAUUUUUUGGUCUACAGGGGCUUAGUUGGUUAUAGGAGUGUCUUUAGCAGUGAUACACGUGGUACUGGAUUUAUGCAUCGUGCCUUCCUAAGUAUGUAUCUUCUGUGCCAACUACUUUCCAGUUUUUUUUUUUUUUGUGUGCAAUUUUGAGAGUUAUAUCCUGCUCUAGAAAGCAUUAUCUCUACUGGGUUAUGCUCUUCUGAGAUGCUAAUGAACAAAAAAUCAGGUAGGUUUCUCCAUCUUUAAGAAAGUGGUCUAGUAACUUGGGGUGUCUGGAAAGUAGGAAUACUGUUUGAGUUCUUUUGUCUGAGGCUUGAUCCAUGCGUCUGGCUCUUCUGCCAAGAGCUGUUGGUGCAUGUUAGGAAUCAGACUACUUCUCUGCUAUGGCUACUGUUUUUGGCUGGUGGAAUACUUCCACGGAUGCAUUUAUACGAAUACCUCUGCCUUUUUGUUUCGUCCAGUGGGCCAAUGUUAUCUAUGCGAGCUAAAUCUCUUUCUAUUCCUUUUAUAGCUUAUGCAAAAUACCGUGGCCCUCUCGGAAAUGUCAGGAAGGGCGUCCUGGUAUGAUUUCUUCCAUAUCUGGCUAAUUUGGCACCUUAUUUAUUUAGCUAAGUUAGCCUGGAUGAGCCAAAAAUCUGGCUCUCUAGCUGAAAUCGGCCCAGAUUUGGACAUCUCGAACGCUUAUUUCUAGUAUGUUUACAUCCGAUGCAAAACCCACACAAAAAAGACCACUUUUUUUUUCCUCGGUCACCUUGAAAUAAUUCGCAUCAUCCUCUUAGAUCAGAUUUUUUUUCUGGCUGGCAGACGGCUCCUUUCCCGUUUGAAUAGUUGAAACCUCGCAGGAGAAGCCUGCAAAACCCAUUCUUGUUCUCGCUUUAUUUGCUUAAUUUUUUUGCUAGUGCAGGUCUCCGUGGGGAAUGGGACGAUCACCUCGCAUGCCCUGAUGAGCCUCGAAGCUCGCGGAACCCUCUUCGUGUCCCCUGGAAUGGAGGUCCUCCCUUCUCCCUCGACUGUGGCUGCUCUCUGUUCCUUCCUCCUAUCUCCACGCUCGAGCGACUCACUCGACUUCUUCUUCUUCUCGGAAGACCUACGAGGGCAUGAUCGUCGGCGAGCACUCCAGAGACUCCGAUCUCGACGUGAGGAACCCUCUAUCUCUCUCUCUCUCUCUCUCUCCAUAUCUGUCUUCACGACCUCUGCUGUGGUUUAUCUGCUUAGAUAAAUCCCGUGCGGAUGAAGGAGCUGACGAACGUGCGGGCCGCGUCGAAGGAUGAGAACGUCCGGCUGUCCCCUCCCCGCCUGGUACGCCUCCUCUGCGCUCUCACACGUCUCUCUCUCUCUCUCUCUCGCACUCACCUUCUCGCCCGCGCGGCUCUGCAGAUGACGCUGGAGGAGGCGAUCGGCUACGUCGCCGCCGACGAACUCAUCGAGGCAAGUGGCGCCGCCGAACUCGGAUCCGCCGAAACCUGUUCUUUCCAACGCUGAAAGAGUUGCUUCUCCUCUCUGCAGGUUACCCCGAAGGUGAUACGGCUGAGGAAGCGCCACCUCGACGCCAACAAGCGGAAGGCGGCGAGGAACAAGCCCAAGGAUUGA